CCCAGUGUGUGAUCAGCUGAUCACUGCAGACAUUUCGGAUUUUCCGUCGGUGUCGUCGGUGAAUUUUCGGCGAAAAUAUCUAAUUGUGUGAGUAUCUUGUGAUGGUCAGUGAUCCUAAAAACUGAUCCAUGUGAAGAUCUAAAUGAACAAGUGCUACUGAAAAGCUGUCAUGUGAGAAAUGAAGUUCAUUUCAAAGGAAAAGUUGAACUAAUGGACUUGAGCGAUGCUAAGGGAAACCCUUGUCAAGGAAUUAGCUACCACGAAUUAUUACUUUCAAUUCAUCGGUUCAAGUAGUCUAGUCAAUCCCAUCACAUGAGCUGCCAAAAUAAUUCCGGUGUUUGGAGACUUCCUGGUGCUAUGCAUGUACUUUUUUUAGCACUUCAAUUUAUAGAUGAAUUUAAAGCACGAAAUGGUGAUUGGGAGUUACUAAGUUGACUUUCUUCUUAAUAAACUGACCUAUCCUUUUGCUAAACAAUUUAGGAUACUUAUCAAGUUAGCUUUCGUAUUGAUUGCAACCAGUAUAAUCUUCAAGAGAAAGCUUACCUAUAGUGAAUUGACGACAUGAGUAAAGAGAAAAGUCGUUUUCAAUGUAAUGUUUGCACGAAAAGCUUCGUGUUUAAAUAUCUGUUGAAAAAGCAUUACCGUACGCAUACCGGAGAAAAACCCUAUCAUUGUAACCUGUGUGGAAAUAAAUUCACCCAAAGUAGUAAUUUGCAGCUUCACAUGAUCGGUGUACAUCAUACCAAAGAUGCGGAUUCGUUGUAUAUAUGCUUUUAUUGCAACAAACCAUUUUAUUUAAAAAAUAACCUUAAACAACAUAUUAGAAUUCAUACUGGAGAAAAACCAUACAGAUGUCUCGAAUGUCACAAACGCUUCCGUCGAGCCGGAUUACUUUCGCAACAUCAACGAACUCAUCUGAAAACACGUCCCUUCGUUUGCGACCUAUGCGGUAAAUCAUUCACAAAUCGUACCAACCUACAGAAUCACUUGAAACGUCAUCAAGGAAAACGUGACUUCGUUUGUGAAAUCUGCGGUAAAGCAUUCGUACGUCAGGACGGGCUUCAUAAGCAUUUAAACUGUUACCAUCGUAAUCAAAAAGCAUUCACUUGUAAAAUAUGCAACGCUAAUUUCAAAGGCCAUCUUAGGCAGCAUCUACGUAUUCAUCAACAAGAAAAACCGUACAAAUGCGAUAAAUGCGAAGCAACUUUCGUACAAAAAUCGCAGUUGACCGUUCAUCAAAGAACUCAUACCGGUGAUAAGCCUUACGUUUGUCCGAUUUGCGACGCUACGUUUUCGCAUUCUUCGGUGCUUAAAAUUCAUAUUCGAGUUCAUACCGGAGAAAAACCGUUCAGAUGUUUUAUUUGCGAAAAUACCGCCUUCGGUCAAUUAGCUCAUCUGAGGAAGCAUAUGAGAACAAUACAUAAAACUGAUAAACCGUAUUUUUGCACCGUUUGUAAGAUGAAUUUCAAAGGGAAAAAAUCGUUCAUUCAACAUCAAGAAAACUGUAGCGGAACCGAGCAAGAUGUCGAAAAUGAUCAAGCCGAUGGUACCAGGAUGAGCAUUUCUAAUAUGAGAACCCUGUUGGCCAUAUUGCUGAAGAAGAUUUCAUCACCGGAAAGGCUCGAAAGAUUGGGUUUCGGUAAGCGUCUAAUCGAUGACGUGUUGUGUGAAACUAUUAAAAGUUCUGGAAGACGACCUUAUAAUAGCGAAGAUUUUGACGAAAAUGUCACCCUUCUGAAAAAUAUUGAAAUAUUAUUAGAAUGGACAAUACCUAAAGUUCAUAUGCAUAAAUUAAAACAAGCCAAACGUACUGCGGAAGAUAUACUAAUUGGGUUGACUCAACAUCCAGGGUCAUGGUAUUGGAAAAACGGCGAUAAGAAGGUUGCCCAAAAUCAACCAUAAAAUUGUGUUCAUUUUUUUUUCACAUAAGAGAAUUAUGUUUUUAUUUUAUAAUUUUAAGGAAACCAUUUUUUUAGGAUCUCUUUGAUCUCUUUCUUUCUGUUUGAGUGCUAUUAAUCAUCUUUUCAAAUGAAACUUUCAUUAGUCAAUCCGAUCAUGAAUUGCUAGUCGAAAUCUUUAUUCGAAGUUUAGUGGGUCUAAUCUCGAAAAAGAUCACGUUCCUUGAAAUUUAGGAUGUGUUAUCAAUAGAUAUUUUACUGUUUCAAAUUUUUCCCUAUAUAAUAGUGGUACCAUUAAAUUUUUAAAGGGUUAUGUAAUGUACAAACGACUUUCAUUUUUUAUAUUUCGAGUUUUAAUUACAUUUUCAAAUAUAUUUUAUUAUUAAGAUGUAAUUUAUAACGACACUCUUUCGUUUAUACAAAUAUGUUACCGGGUGUUCAGAAUUACUGUUUUUGAUGUAGUUCUAUGCAUUCCUUUUAUAUUACAUAGUUUUGAGUCAUUAGUCCAACAGGUACUUUUGUAAUUUUCUCGUACGUUUUACGAUGUUACGUAUUUUCUAGCAAUGAUUAAUAAAUUCAUUGACGAAUGA